CCCUGCGUGGUGACGAAGAAUUAUUGCCAGCAUCUGGUUGGAAACGUUUGGUCGUGGUUAUAAAAAUUUGAAUGUUGCUAAUUAAAACAUCUCCGAGACAUAGCAAUAUCUGCGUUAUUUCCCGUGCAAAAGGUAAUGUAACAAUAGGCCUGUUUGGGUAGUUAAACUGUUUUGGAUGGUUCAAAGGGGCAUCGAGUUGCUGAGAUCAGCCAGGUUAUUGUUUCCCUUCAUUCGGAGAUAAAAUGCACGGUGGCUCUCUCUUUUCGUUUGGAUUAUUCGUUCCGCAGCAGCGAAAUCAGGUGAGGCUGCACUCAUUCACCGCUAAAUUUCCGAUGAGGAUGAAUAAAACGCAGUGACCACAGCUCAUACCCCGAUGAGCAUGGGUGAUAUGAAGCACAGUUCCCCAAACGCAUCCGGGGAUCGAGUAUGGUCGGCAGACUCUACAAAACAUGCUGCUGAUUUCCUCUCACAUUGCGAAAACGCACACGAAAACGAUCCACAACUGGUGGUCAAAUGUAAUGCGAGCCCAUGCCGAAUUGAAUUUGAGUCCAUCAGGGUUAGCGGGAUCUCCGUUGGCUCUCAUCCCGAAGAGGAUUCGAUUUGCUCGGACAGUGGGUUCGGGGGCUCCCCCGCAUCACUAAUACUCAGAAAGCUGUCAAACGCCUCAUCGUCUGGGUUGUCACCCGUCUCGUCUUUUGAAGAAUAUGAGGACGACCGCGGCUUUCCUGAUGAGGUCCCCCGGAGCAUCACAUGGAAGAAACCCAUAAGCACAGGGACCUUGUCUCCCCUCUCCGUGCCCCCCAAGAAGCCACAGCCCUGGGUGCAAGUGGUUGGACAUGCAGGGAGCUUCCAUGCAGGGGACUAUGGGAUGCUGCUGAAGCGCUACACUGAGGGGGAGCAGCAGUGCCUGCAGAGGCUGAUGGAGGACUCUCUGAGGCCCUUCGUACCAUGCUACCACGGAGUGGUGCAGCGGGCCGAGCAGGACUACAACAUGAUGGACGACCUGCUCACUCACUUCAACUCCCCCGCCAUCAUGGACUGCAAGAUGGGCACCCGGACAUACCUGGAGGAGGAGCUGAUGAAGGCUCGGGAGCGGCCCCAGCCUCGUCAAGACAUGUAUGAGAAGAUGGUGGACGUGGACCCAGAGGCCCCCACUGCAGAGGAGCAAGCCCUACAGGCAGUACUCAAGACCAGAUACAUGCAGUGGAGAGAGACCCUGAGCUCCACCACCACUCUGGGUUUCCGCAUCGAGGGAAUCAAGAAGGCUGAUGGUGUGUGCAACACAAACUUCAAAAGGACCAAGAGCAGAGAAGAGGUGAUGCAGGCACUGCAGGACUAUGUGGGCUGCAAUGCCCUAAUUCUGAAGGGAUAUCUAAGACGACUGAAGGAGCUUCGACAGGUGUUGGAGACAUCCGACUUCUUCAGGACACACGAGGUGGUGGGCAGCUCCCUGCUUUUUGUGCAUGACAGUACAGGGAAGACUGGAGUAUGGAUGAUUGAUUUUGGGAAGACUGUUCCCCUGCCGCCGCCUCUCACCCUGGACCACCACACCCCCUGGGAAGAGGGCAACCGAGAGGACGGGUACCUGUGGGGCCUGGACAACCUCAUCGAUGUCCUGACUGACAUACUGCCUCACCUGAACUGAACCUCAAUCUGACUGACACAGGACCUCAUCCCAACCAAAACUCCCUCUCCCACCUGAACCAUACAGUAUCUGAAUGGCCAUGUCACCUUUCAACUUAGAAGGUUGGACAACCAAGAGACUGUUCACACAUUGGACUUGGAUUCUGUGUUGGUGUUUUUAACCACAUCAUUAAUGAUGUUAGUUACUAGUGUACAUUUUUGUAAGAGAGCUUUAUAGAUAAAAAGAAAGCAAUGAAUUGACCUACGUGACUUCAAUGAGGGCCAGCCUAUUUUCUGGUAAAGAAUGCAGUGAUGUGUACUGAACCUGUCACCCAUAAUAAAGUGUAGUGCGCUAUGAUAAACUGCAUCUAAUGGGUUUAAUGUAAUGUCAGCUGCAUUCAUAUACAGUGCAUUCGGAAAGUAUUCAGACCCCUUGACUUUUUCCACAUUUUGUUAUGUU